UGAAUGCUAUCUUUUCCACCUUAUUCGCCCCAUCUGGAAAUCCUGCCUCGUUCUUACACUAUCACUUUCACUACCAUACAUCUCCGAUAUGCUUGUUUCCUUGCUCCUGUGGUCUGCGUUGUCAUGUCUGACCGCUAGCACACCUGUCGUAUCAUCGUUCUCCCAUCACCUGCAACGGGAGGAAACCAAGAGCCAGAACGAGGCUCGGGAUUCAUCACUGUCAAUAAAGAGCCAGGGCAGUUUUGCCUUUGCGGGAACGGUCGUCGUGGGAGCGAACGGUGACACCUGGCAUGCCGAUCAUGGAUAUGUGCAGUAUCAAAUCCCACUACACCCCCGGCGAUACCCCUUGAUUCUGUGGCAUGGUGCCGGUCUGAGUGGUUGUGAAUGGGAGACCACACCCGAUGGACGAGAAGGAUAUCAGUCGAUCUUCCUGAGAAGAGGAUUUAGCGUCUACAUUAUCGAUCAACCGCGACAAGGCCGAGCCGGACAAGCGUCGAAGGGACUUCCAGCGAUACCCGAUCCAACUCCAAUCGAGUCGAUUUUGUUUACUACCUUCCGUCUUGGAACUUGGACUCCACCUGCGCAACCGCAAUUCUUCGCAGGCGUGCAGUUCCCUGAGGAUCCGGGGUCACUCAAUCAAUUUUUCCGCCGAGGAACCUUUCAUGGCACAGGAGGCGAUAGACUCGAUUGGAGCGGCGCUGGCGACGCGUAUCAGCUGAUGACCAGUGCAGUUGGAAUACUUGCAGAUGAUAUUGGCCCGGCGGUACUGGUCACUCACUCAGGCGGUGCCAACCAAGGCUGGGGUGCCGCAAUGAAUAGCAACCAAGUAAAAGCCAUAGUUGCCUAUGAACCCACGAACUUCCAGUUUCCCGAGGGGGAGCUCCCAGCCGUUACCGGUCCUCUCCAGCCCAGCCAUACUGUUCCGCUGCAAGAUUUUCUGAAAUUGACGCAGAUCCCCAUCCAACUCGUCUACGGCGACAAUCUUGAUCAAACUCCCCUUUUCACCCAGGCCUUCAGAGACGCUCAGGCGUUUGUGGAUGCGAUAAACCGGCAUGGCGGUCAUGCGGAGCUUUUGCAUUUGCCCAACAUAGGCGUGAAGGGGAAUACGCACUUUCUAUUUUCUGAUCUUAACAAUAUGAAAAUCGCGGAUCUGCUCUCGAGUUUUCUCGCGCAACACCAUCUCGAUUGAGGUGGAUUGCCCCUGUCACGGCCCUUUUGUCAGACGAGUUGCUCGUGGCCGGCCUCAGCGCUCCAAAGUCUCAUUUGUUUACUACCGCUCCUUUUGGAUUUGGUUUGGUGAUCAACUGAUACGCGUUCUUUUCUGACAUUGUUGUGGGGGAAAUUGCGGCGCCUUUGGAGUCUGAGUUUUUUCCCGCUCCGGGCAUUCUCGUAUAUUUAGUUCUCACUUCCUCUCUUACGGAGGGCAAUUAAGUAAUAACAUUUCACUCGGCGAACCUCUCAAUGCCUUAAUAACACG